AUGUUGCUCAUAAAACAAUUUUUAAUUGUAUUACUUUUGUCAACAAGUAAAACAAUUUCUCUAAAUACUAUAGCGACAACAACAACACUACCGUCAAAGGUAUUAAAUAGUAAUAAUAAUAUUUAUAAUACAAAAAUUAUCAAGAAAAAUUUGUCGAUAAAUCAAAACGAACAAAAUUUGAUAAUAUCAUCACAAGACAUAACUAGCAGUGAUGCGAUAGCUGAAGAAAUUAAAAAUGAAGUAUUCGUUAAUGAUUUGUUAGAAACAGUUAACGAAUCUUCUGUUGUUCUUAUACCAGAAACUCAUCAAGGACCACAUUAUGAAAUCGAUUGGAAUUUUAUUGAUAAAGACACUAUUCGUGUCAAAUUUGAUCUAUAUUCUCUUCCAAAAUCAUUAAUGGAUAAUAAUAUACGUACUGAAUCCAAGAAAAGUAAAACCAAUUUAUUAGCGACAAUGACUACAAUGCCUUCAAGCUCUCUUAAAUCACUAUAUUCAUUAGAAUAUUUUCUUUUUAUUAUUCGUCCACACAAUAAAAACCGAGAAAUUGUACUUAAAAUGGAAAAAUUAAAUUCAAGAAAUACAACAUCAAGACCAUAUCCACAUUUUGCAAAUUCAUUGCGAUUAACUUCAUUAAAUCAUCAUGAAAAAUAUAGUGUUUGCAUAUAUUAUUAUAAAAACAAUGUCUCGAUGAAAUUUCCAGAUUUACUUCUUUGCCAAGAUAUUAUAAAUGAUUACGCAAAAUUUGCUCAUUUAAAAGCAGAUGCAAAGCAUGGUCUUGUAUUUAUUGGAACACAGUAUUCAAUUAUCAUAGGUUUACUUGUUGUUUUACAAAGUGUCUAUUCAAUGCGAAAACGUCGUAUAACUGAGUAUAUUUCUCAACAUUUAACAACAACAGCACAUAGUAUUCGUAGUACACUUUCAUCGGUUAGUCUUGUACGACAAUCAUUUUCUUCAUUGGAUGUAGUAGCUGAACAGCAACACAAUCAGCACACGACAAAUACUCAAAACAGUCAGCAUGAAACAAAGACUGAUGAAGAAGGAAAACUUAAACGACGGUUACCAUCAGCACAGUUUAAUAUUCAAAACAGUCAGCAUGAAAUAAAGACUGAUGAAGGAAAAAAUAAAAAACGGUCGCCAUCAGUACAAUUUAAUACUAUUAAUCAGCUAUCACCGCCGACGAGUGACGGUGCUACUAGUUCGGAUGAAACUGAACCAUUCCUUAAGCGAGUAUCAAGUAAAAAUCAUGUACAUUUUUUACUUGGUCCAGGAGAAGGAUCUGAUGACGAUGACGAUAUUCAUCAGCAUGACGGUAAUGAAACAAAUAAAAAUUCGAAUUCACAAUCUGCAUCGGACAGUACCGAACCAUACGGCAAUCAAGCAGAUGCUUUAUUAUCCAUGGCUCAUAUAUUGGACACAAACAAGCCAUGGUCUCGACACAAUCAAAAUAUGUCUCCAGUAUAA